GCAGAGCUUCGCCCUCCGUCCGGAAAUUAUGGUACUUUGACGGAGGAAUUGACUCCAGUAAACGUGUUGCCUUGGCUCUGAGCACAAGGGCCUCAAGUUACGCCGUACUCCGUCCCUGGUGCCGAGAUAUUCUCCCAAGCGCCGGUCGUUGCUCCCGAGAUCGCAUCGUUGAUCCAUCUUCCUCCCGAGCCCCACAGCGUGUGGAAUGGGUUGCCUCUCUCAGGAACCUGAAGCAGAUUUCAUCCCUACUUUGAAACACUCCAAGCUGUCUUUGACGAUAAAAAUAACAAUCGAAAGCUCGUUCAGCACUCCUUGCCCUGUUCCACUAUAAUAAUAUAACCAGCUUGGCCCUGAAUGAUGCUCUGGGUUGAAAGAGCUUGAAGCGUCCUUGAAGCGUCAUUGUUGAAACUUGACUCGUUCCUUUUUCUUUCUUUUUGUUUUGCCUUUCUUUCUUUUUUUUUAUUGUGCCGUGCUCCGUACAAUCUUUCAUGCUGGUUCUAUCAUUGUUAUUGUAGCGUUCGUGCAGUUUCUGUGACUAAAGUACGGAGUAUAUAGCAUUUUUUCGGAGUUCUUCCCAGUUUCUUGGAGUUCAUUCGCCUGGCUGGAUCCGGUCACAUUAAUUCGUUUAAUAUACCCACCUAAUCGCCAGAAUGGUUUCGGCAUCUGCAACAACCCUAAUAACAUUUAUGCUCCGAACCCCGCCGAAUACAAGUUCGGUGAAGCUACUUGGGUCGUGGGACAAUUUCUCGAAAGAGUACACCAUGGAAAGGGACACAAGAAUCGGAGCGGACCAUUGGAGAGGAUGCCACGUAUUCACAAAUAUAAUCUGCGAUGGUAAUCUCACUGCUACACAGCCGGGUCGUGACGGUGGGCUGAAGAUGGGCGGCACAUAUUGGUACUACUAUCGUCUUGACAACGAUGUUGAUUACUAUGAUGAAGCUGAGCCGUGGACCACUUCCUGUCCGCUUCUUCCUGGCCAACCAAUCAAUGUCCUGAAUGUCCCAAUCCAUCUCCCUUCGAUCGACACCCGACGGCAUAAACGUGAGACCAGCAUGGCAUCGCAGCGCUCAAUUCCCCAGACGAUGAACCCCGAUGACAAAUAUCUUAACCCCAGGCCUCCACCGCGACCAAAGCUUCCUCGUCUCCUUACAUCCACGGGGGCCACUCGUAUUCGUGACGCAUUGACUUCACCUAUAUUAGCUUCACCUCAGCAUCCAGUUCACGGGAGGAGUGCAUCACACCCGCGAGAGCUUGCAGAACGUCGAAGGUUACGGGUUCCUGCAAAAUUGAACCUGGAUAUGAGUCCCUCAUCCGAAUCUUCGACAAGGAGUAAUGCUCUUCGGACUGCUCUUUGGAACUUUAAACCCCCUCGCUCAGGUGGAAAGGAUGAAGACAAUGGUAAACCGUGGCACAUGAAUGAAUCAGAGAGCAAUCGAGGUAAUAGGGUCGACUAUUCCAGAGGGAGGAGCCCUCGAGGCAAUGCGUCAUCCCCUUCGCAUAACUGGCCGGCAGCUGCGCGUUCAGCGCAAAACCUGAACGUCCCAGCCGAAAGGUACGGGGAGAGGAGGGCUGUCUCGCCCUGCGGAAGCGAACUCAAAUCUCGAAGAAAUCGAUCCCCCUUAAGAGCCCCAGUCAGGUUUGACAAAAGCCCUCUAGCCGCAAUUCCAUCUCGUGGCAUUAGUCCGGACCGAGGAGAUUCCAGAGCGUCCAGAGAAGAGCUUGACCCAGAUGAUCCGCCAUCGUUGGUCGUGCCUUGCAAACUGGACAUCGGAAGCACUGUAAAUCUGAAUGAGAAGCGGCUGCCUACACUUCCGAACAGUCCGUCGUCGGUCCUCGAUGAAGAGCUACAUAGAAUAGGUGCCUUCCGAUCCCCUAUGCUCGAUAUGGAAGCCUUGCAAAGCCACUUUUCGGCAUCUACUGCCGCAUCUCCGGAUACAUCACCCGACUCCUUCCUACAUCCUAAUGUCAGUCACUUCUCGGAAUGCAGCACCGACACCGACGCUGUAUCGCCGAGUUCAAUGACUUCCAGUUCGACGUUUUAUAAUGAUAGCUCUCUGUCUUCUAACCAGAGCGUUGGGACCAGCGAGGCUUCAGAGCCUCCGCUCACUGACAAAACUCUCCCAAAUUUUGCCGGUUUACGUAUCACCGACGAUUUUAACCUGUCUUUACCUCGUAUCUGCAAAAACGACAUUCCAUCGUCUCCCACCCCCGUCGCAGAAGAGUCUUUACCUAAUUUUCGGGUCUCGGGGCUGCAUAUUACUAAGAAGCCACAAACUGCGUAUGGUCCGGUCUCAGACUUGAAAGCACAUUCUCACGAUCGACAGGUGCUGGACUCUGGGCUUCCAACACCGCGAGCUAGUGGAAUGCAGUUAAAACCGGAGGUGGAAGCAGGCGGUGCCCGACUUCCUUCACUCCAUGUGCAGACCAUGAUGCAAGAACUGAUGGACGAGUUGAGCUAUUUAGGAAAUAUGAUCAAUGUUAAUGGGAAAGGCAGACAUUGAUUCGUUUGAAGUAUAUACAGUGAGGUUGUAUAGAACCUGAAGCUGCUGUCUUGGCACGUCUUGUAGCUUGAUAUCUUGUCUUUUGUCUCGGGCUUUGGAUAUAGGUACAUGUUUUUGAUAUAUAGGUGUCUGUGAUGCUGUUCAAGUAGCAUUUAUAUGCUCUUGUAAUUAUAGGCGUCGCGCAUAGAGAGCAUUUAGCAGGAAA